AUGUCGUUUCCUCCUCACGACAUUUCUGCGAACUUCCAUUUCCCCAAAGAAGAGGAGAAAGUGCUAGCAUUCUGGCGGGAGAUCGAUGCGUUCCGGACGCAGCUUAAGUUGAGUGAGCAGAGGCCGCCGUAUUCGUUUUAUGAUGGACCGCCGUUUGCGACGGGUUUGCCGCAUUAUGGGCAUUUGCUUGCUGGGACUAUCAAGGCGAUGGACAUCGUAACUCGACACGCAACCGCAUCCGGGUUCUACGUUGAGCGCCGAUUCGGAUGGGACACGCACGGUCUACCCGUCGAGCACGAGAUCGACAAGAAACUCGGUAUCCGAGGGAAAGAAGACGUACUUGCCAUGGGUAUCCCAGCAUACAACGCCGAAUGUCGAGCCAUCGUCCUCCGCUACGCCAACGAAUGGCAAAAGACCGUCGAGCGCAUGGCUCGAUGGAUUGACUUUGACCAUGGUUAUAGAACGCUAGAUACAUCGUAUAUGGAAAGUAUCUGGUGGGCGUUUGCGAAGUUGUAUGAUAAGGGUUUGGUGUAUCGUGGGUUGAGGGUGAUGCCGUAUUCGACGGGGUGUACGACUCCGUUGAGUAAUUUUGAGGCGCAGGAGGAUUAUAGAGAGGUGCAGGACCCGGCGGUGACGGUUGCGUUCCCGCUUGUGGAUGACCCGACGACGAGCCUUUUGGCGUGGACGACGACGCCGUGGACGUUACCCAGUAACCUUGCGCUUUGUGUGCACCCUGCGUAUAAGUAUGUUAAGAUAUUUGACGAGGCACACCAGCAGAACUUUAUCCUGCAUGAGGCUCUUCUCAAGACAUUGUAUAAAGACCCCAAGAAGGCGAAAUUCAAGAAAGUCGGCGAGUUUGUUGGAGCGGAUAUGAAGGAUUGGAGAUAUGUUCCUAUGUUUGAAUACUUCACAGACAAGUAUGAAGAUAAGGCAUUCAGAGUGCUCAACGACGAAUACGUCACUGCAGAAGACGGUACCGGUAUCGUACACCAAGCACCCGCGUUCGGUGAUGAUGACCACCGUAUUGCAAUGGCAAAUGGUAUUGUGCAGCCUGAUGAGAUGCCGCCUUGUCCUAUAGAUGAUAUUGGGCGCUUCACGAAAGAAGUAUCUGACUUCCAGGGCAUAUAUGUCAAGGACGCGGAUAAGGAGAUCAUCAAGGCCUUGAAAGCGAAGGGUCGACUGCUCGGACACACUACGCAUAGGCAUACGUAUCCAUUUUGUUGGAGAUCGAAAACUCCUCUUUUGUACCGUGCUAUUCCUGUGUGGUUUGUUCGCGUUCAAGGCGCGGUUGAUCAGCUGGUAGCAAACAAUAAAGAGACUCGAUGGGUUCCAGCAUAUGUCGGUGAAGGGCGCUUCGGAAAUUGGAUUGCAAACGCUCGUGACUGGAACGUAUCCCGGAAUCGUUAUUGGGGUACUCCAAUUCCACUUUGGGUCUCGGAGGAUUACGAGGAAGUCGUCACAGUUGGUUCGAUUGCACAACUCGAGGAACUGUCUGGUGUAGCAGGUAUCACAGAUUUGCACCGAGACAAGAUCGACCAUAUUACGAUACCCUCAAAGCAAGGCAAGGGAGACCUCAAACGUGUCGAAGAAGUCUUCGACUGCUGGUUUGAGUCUGGAAGCAUGCCUUAUGCUCAACAGCACUAUCCCUUCGAAAACAAGGAAAAGUUUGAACGUACCUUCCCUGCAGAUUUUGUCAGUGAAGGUAUUGACCAAACACGUGGAUGGUUCUAUACGCUUCUCGUGCUUUCAACGCUACUUUUCGGACAAGCACCAUGGAAGAAUUUGAUCACUACCGGGCUUGUCCUUGCCGAGGACGGGAAAAAAAUGAGCAAAAGUUUGAAGAACUAUCCUGACCCUACGGAUAUCAUUGAUCGUUAUGGUGCGGACGCGACGAGGAUGUACCUCGUAAACUCUCCGGUCACCCGCGCGGAGAACCUACGCUUCCGCGAAGCAGGCGUCCGCGAAGUCAUCUCGCGUGUUUUCCUUCCCUGGCUAAAUGCCUUCCGAUUCUUCCUCGGGCAGGUCGCACUACACAAGAAAACAAGUGGAUUGGAAUUCAAGUAUGAUCCGCAUGCGCCGGUGUCUGCGAACGUUAUGGACCGAUGGAUCCUCGCGCGGUGUCAGUCUUUGAUUAAACUUGUGCGUCAGGAGAUGGCGGCAUAUAGACUUUAUACGAUUGUCCCGAGGUUGUUGGAUUUGGUUGAUGAGUUGACGAAUUGGUAUGUCCGGUUUAAUAGACGGAGGUUAAAGGGUGAGGAUGGGCAGGAGGAUACGAUUGCGGCUUUGAAUACGCUGUUUGAGACGCUUUUUACACUAUGUCGGACGAUGUCUUCUUACACGCCGUUCUUGACUGAGAACAUCUAUCAGUCACUUCGACCCUUCAUCCCUUCUGAGCCGAAAGAAGAUACGCGGUCUAUCCAUUUCCUGUCAUUCCCUGAGGUCAAGGAAGAGUACUUCGAUGAAACUAUUGAGCGUCAAGUCAAGCGGAUGCAGAUAAUCAUUGAAUUGACACGGGCCAUUCGUGAUAGAUACACGCUUUCCUUAAAGACACCUCUGAAAGAACUCGUCAUCUUCCACUCCGACGAACGAUACCUGGCAGAUGUGAAACCUUUACAACGGUACAUCGAGUCAGAGCUGAACGUUCGGGACAUCGAGUUCACCUCUGACGAGACGCGGGCGGGAGUCAAGUUCCGCGCGGUGGCAGAUUGGGCUGUGUUGGGGAAGAAACUGCGAAAGGACCUCGCGCGCGUGAAGAACGCACUUCCAUCUGUGUCCAGUGAUGCAGUCAAAACGUACACUGAAACGGGAAAACUGACUGUGGAUGGUAUCGAGCUGGUUGCGGGAGACUUGACUGUCCAGCGUUAUGUGGAGAAGGAGGACGAUCAAGAGGAGACGUAUGGUUCGAAUUCGGAUAAUGAUGUGGUUGUGCUGUUGGAUGUGAAGGUACAUCCUGAACUCCAGGGCGAGUGGUUGGCGCGUGAACUCGUUAAUCGCGUACAGAAGUUGCGCAAGAAGGCCGGGCUGCAGGCAACGGACGACGUUGAUGUGUUCUAUACCUUCCAGGAUGACACUGGCAAGGAUAUCUUAGACGCACUAGAGGGACACGGAGAGUAUAUUCAAAGGCUGGUUCGCAGCGUACCGAGGGAUGUAAAGGCGAGGGGUGCGGGAAAGAAGUCACUCAUUGAAGAAGAGCAGGAGAUUGCGGAUACGAAGUUCAUGUUGUCUUUAGUGUGGCCGUAA